CGUCAUUCUACUCGAAAGACCACACCCUUAAAAGCCAAAAGAAGAGAAGGACACAAUCAAAGCUCUGAACUUGAACUUGUUUCUUCUCUUCCUCUUUCUUUCAACACAAUGAAAUUUUCUUUCUCCAGAAGCUUUCAUCUCCUUCCAUGGCUUCUCAUAAACAUUUCUCUCUUCUCCUUCUAGUAAGCCUCUUCUUUGUUUCUAAUCUACCCAUCCUUUCUUCGUCUCUGUCUACUGUAUCAAUCUCUGAAAACUCUAACUUCACCUUAAUUUGUGCAUUAGUGCCAGGACAAGACAAAACAGCAUUACCAUCCCUUAAUUGUACUAGUUUUCCUAGUGGAAUUCCAUUUACCCCAGCAAAUCCUAAUUUUCCGAUUUCUGCUACCGCCGCCGGAAUUGGGUUCCUGUGUGUUCUCAGGACAUCCCCUAGUUCUUCUCUCCUUUGCUGGAGAUUCUCCGGUAACGGUACUGUUACAGAUUAUAAAAGAAUAUACAAAGGUCGAAUGCUCGAUGAGCUUGACGCAGGGGAAUCUCACAUCUGUGGCCGAAUCAACGGAUCAGGUAGAAUACAGUGCUGGCAAUGGCGUGGACCCAAUUUUCCCAUUGAUCGAAACCUCUCAAGAAUCGCCGUGGGAGGAGACUUCGCUUGUGGGUUAUCAGAAACUGGAAAAAUAGACUGCUUUGGAGACAACCCCCGAAUUAAUCAGUCCAAGCCGAUGGCAAAUUACAGUUUCGUUGCUGCCGGACUCCAGCACGCAUGUGCAAUUUCUGUAAAUGGUAGUAUAGAUUGUUGGCCGGGAGAAGGAGUGGGGAACAAACCAGUGGGAGAAUUUACUUCAUUGGCUUUGGGAAACAACCGUAGCUGUGCUAUCCGUGCUGACGAAACGGUUGUUUGUUGGGGGGAGCACAAUUUCAGUCUUCCGGAAAGUUUGCAGCAGCUCCAAUUUGUGUCGAUUACAGCUAAGAGCAAAGUUUUCUGUGGGGCUUUGAAACGGAACUAUUCUUUGUUUUGUUGGGGAAAUGACAGCUUCCAGUCUAAUUACCAGGUUUCCGAACGUGUAUUGCCCGGCGCUUGCAGAACUGAUUGUCCAUGCGAAUUGCCGGAUUCCACCAGUUUCUGCAGUCAAGGAGCCAUCUGUGCACCUUGUGGAAGCAGACCUCCAACUGCUCAAAAUCCACCUGAAACUCCACCUGCAUUACCGCCACUCGCUCCUGAAUCCUCUCCAAGCACACCAAGCAAUGGGUUGGGUAGGGCAAGGGUAGCUUUCUUUGUUAUAGGCUGCAUCGGGACGGUUUCCUUGGCGUCUGUGCUCGGUUUCUGGAUCUACCGAUACUGCAAAGGAAGAGUAUGCCGGGUUCAUGAUUCAGGGCGCUUGGAUGAGCCUGGCCCUGGUGCCACUCCUGCAGCGGGUCCAAGCCAACGUCAAACGCCAGACCCACAACCUCCACCGACGAGUCCAUCUUUUGACAAGAGACUGAGUAAAUUGCUAAGCAUGGGCCCUGCUGGUAGCAUAGAAGAAUUUAGUCUGCAAGUGCUAAACCAAGCCACGGACAACUUCUCAGAAGAGUUUAAAAUAGGGUCAGGUAGCUUUGGCGCGGUUUAUCGAGCCACGCUCGAAGAUGGGCGGGAGGUUGCGAUCAAGCGAGCAGAGCUAUCAGCCUCGUCAUCGUAUGCAGGCCUCACCAAGCGCCAUGAGGACAAGGAGAACGCCUUCUUGUCGGAGCUUGCACUCCUAUCUCGUCUCAACCACAAAAACCUCGUGCGUCUUCUGGGCUACUGCGAGGAGGCCAACGAGCGUGUAUUAGUCUACGAGUUCAUGGACAACGGUACACUUCAUGACCAUCUCCACAAGCUAGAAAGCUCCGACCUUAUGUCAUGGCCUGCUCGGCUCAAGGUUGCGCUAGACGCGGCUCGGGGGAUCGAGUACCUCCACAACUACGCCGUUCCACCAAUCAUACAUCGCGAUAUCAAGUCAUCGAAUAUAUUGCUGGACGCCACUUGGACGGCUAAAGUCUCUGACUUUGGUCUCUCCUUGAUGGGCCCCGAAGAUGAGGACUCACACUUGUCGCUUCGGGCAGCUGGCACGGUGGGGUACAUGGACCCUGAAUACUACAGGCUGCAGCAGUUGUCGACCAAGAGCGACGUAUACAGCUUUGGGGUUGUGCUGCUCGAGCUGCUGUCUGGACACAAGGCAAUCCAUAGGCAGGAGGAGACGGGAAUGCCAAGGAAUGUGGUGGAUGUGGUGAUGCCUUAUAUUGUGGCUGAUGAAAUACAUCGUGUGCUAGACCGAAGGCUGCGGCCUCCAACGCCUGUUGAGAUUGAGGCCGUGGCCUAUGUUGGCUACUUAGCGGCUGAUUGCGUUGGGCUUGAGGGGCGAGACCGCCCAUCCAUGACCGAGAUUGUAAAUAGUCUAGAUAGAGCAUUGAAAGCUUCUUUGGUUUCUCCUAAUCUUUCUCGGUCCACAACCGGGUCAUCCACAAGGUAACAAUGUCUGUAUGAGUAUGUAAGUGUAUAAAGCACGUGCUACAAUGUGUGCCACAUAUUUGCCAAUUCUUUUACCACGUGGUCCCUUCAGAGAGAGACCCACCAAUCCAUUUUGUUCAUGCAUUUUUUUUUUAAUUUUUUUUCAAUAUUUUUGUAUCAUUCAUUGAUUAAAUUGAGGUUCUAAUGUGAAUGAUAUUAUGCCUACCAGACAAAUGAUAUUGUUGGCUUACA